UGGACGGCUUCAUCCUCACCGAGCGCCUGGGCAGCGGCACGUACGCCACGGUGUACAAGGCCUACGCCAAGGACACUCGCGAGGUGGUAGCCAUAAAGUGUGUGGCCAAGAAGAGUCUGAACAAGGCAUCUGUGGAGAACCUCCUGACGGAGAUUGAGAUCCUCAAGGGCAUUCGCCACCCCCAUAUCGUGCAGCUGAAAGACUUCCAGUGGGACAGUGACCAUAUCUACCUCAUCAUGGAGUUCUGCGCCGGGGGAGAUCUGUCUCGCUUCAUCCACACCCGCAGGAUUCUGCCUGAGAAGGUGGCUCGAGUCUUCAUGCAGCAGUUGGCUAGCGCUCUCCAGUUCCUGCAUGAACGGAAUAUCUCUCACCUGGAUCUGAAGCCACAGAACAUUCUGCUGAGCUCCUUGGAGAAGCCACACUUGAAACUGGCAGACUUUGGCUUCGCCCAGCACAUGUCCCCCUGGGACGAGAAGCAUGUGCUCCGUGGCUCGCCCCUCUACAUGGCCCCUGAGAUGGUGUGCCAGCGGCACUAUGAUGCCCGCGUGGACCUCUGGUCUGUGGGGGUCAUCCUGUAUGAAGCCCUCUUCGGGCAGCCCCCCUUUGCCUCCAGGUCGUUCUCGGAGCUGGAAGAGAAGAUCCGUAGCAACCGGAUUAUUGAGCUCCCCCUGCGGCCGGUGCUCUCCCAAGACUGCCGGGACCUGCUGCAGCGGCUCCUGGAGCGGGACCCCGGCCGUCGCAUCUCCUUCCAGGACUUCUUUGCUCACCCCUGGGUAGACCUGGAGCACAUGCCCAGCAGGGAGAGCCUGGCGCGAGCAACUGCCUUGGUCGUGCAGGCCGUGAAGAAGGACCAGGAGGGCGACGCGGCAGCUGCCUUGUCUCUCUACUGUAAGGCUCUGGACUUUUUCGUGCCUGCCCUGCACUAUGAAGUGGAUGCCCAGCGGAAGGAGGCCAUUAAGGCAAAGGUGGGGCAGUACGUGUCUCGGGCUGAGGAGCUCAAGGCCAUUGUCUCCUCCUCCAAUCAGGCCCUGCUGAGACAGGGCACGUCUGUCCGAGACCUGCUCAGAGAGAUGGCCCGGGACAAGCCACGCCUCCUAGCUGCCCUGGAAGUAGCCUCGGCGGCCAUGGCCAAGGAGGAGACGGCUGGCGGCGAGCAGGAUGCCCUGGACCUGUACCAGCACAGCCUGGGAGAGCUGCUGCUGCUGCUGGCAGCGGAGCCCCCAGGCCGGAGGCGGGAGCUGCUUCACACUGAGGUGCAGAGCCUUAUGGCCCGAGCUGAGUACCUGAAGGAGCAGGUUAAGAUGAGGGAGUCUCGCUGGGACGCCGAGGGCUUGGACAAAGAGGGGCUGUCGGAGUCUGUUCGUAGCUCUUGCACCCUGCAGUGACCCCAGAAGGAUGAAUGGACAAGCCUCCCGGAGUGAGGGGAGCACUGACUCAGGCUGACGCCCAUAAUUAAGGGAGCUUCUGCAGCCCUGGGAGCAGGCUUUUUGGAUAGACAGCUCUGAAACCCCCCAUCCCAGAGGCCUCAGAUCCCUUGGGGUAGUCUGCACCCCACAGAGGGUCUGAUGACCCAUGUUGUGUGCUGGGCCUGCGUCCCAGGGGAGGGGCAGGACUCUGGGAGAACACUACUUCCUGCCAUCCCUGCAGCCGGCAGCCAUACCUUGGC